GCCUACAGCAAGGCCUCUGCCAGCGCCUCCGGUGUGAGUGAGGGGGCCCGCGGGGUCCCGCCUAGAAGCCAGCCCCGGCGGCUAUCCGCUUCCAGAAACUGUCGGGAACUCUCAGGAUCCGGCUUCUUACUCCUGUCCUUCCGUCAGCAGCGUCACCUGGGUCUUACUGGGUUUGUGCGGCGGCCGCUGGGACUCGGGAGCCAGCCACCAUGAGCGUGGGUUUUAUCGGCGCUGGCCAGCUGACCUGUGCCCUGGCGCGGGGCUUUACCGCCGCAGGCAUCCUGUCGGCUCACAAGAUAAUAGCCAGCUCCCCAGAAAUGGACUUGCCUACGGUGUCUGUGCUCAGGAAAAUGGGCGUGAACAUAACCCGCAGCAACAAGGAGACCGUUAGGCACAGUGAUGUCCUGUUCCUGGCUGUGAAGCCACACAUCAUCCCCUUUGUCCUGGAUGAGAUUGGGGCCAGUGUACAAGCCAGGCAUAUUGUGGUCUCCUGUGCAGCCGGUGUCACCAUCAGCUCUGUGGAAAAGAAGCUGAUGGCGUUCCAGGAGGCCCCCAAAGUGAUUCGCUGCAUGACCAACACACCUGUGGUGGUGCGGGAGGGUGCCACAGUAUAUGCCACUGGCACCCACGCCCUGGUGGAGGAUGGGCAGCUCCUGGAGCAGCUCAUGAGCAGUGUGGGCUUCUGCACUGAGGUGGAAGAGGACCUGAUYGAUGCCAUCACGGGCCUUAGCGGCAGUGGACCUGCCUAUGCGUUCAUGGCCCUGGAUGCAUUGGCGGAUGGUGGGGUGAAGAUGGGUGUGCCACGGCGACUCGCAGUUCGAUUAGGAGCCCAGGCCUUACUGGGCGCUGCCAAGAUGCUACUGGAUUCAGAGGACCAUCCAGGCCAGCUCAAGGACAAUGUGUGCUCCCCUGGCGGGGCUACCAUCCAUGCCCUGCACUUCCUAGAGAGUGGGGGCUUCCGCUCUCUGCUUAUCAAUGCAGUUGAGGCUUCCUGUAUCCGAACACGAGAGCUGCAGUCCAUGGCUGACAAAGAAAAGAUCUCUCCGGCUGCCGUUAAGAAGACCCUCCUAGACAGAGUGAAGCUGGAGUCUUCCACAGUGUCCACACAGACCCCCUCCAGCCCAGGAAAGCUCCUGACAAGAAGCCCGGCCCUGGGAGGCAAGAAGGACUAAGGCAUCAUCUGCCUUCAUCUCUGUGAUCCCAGAGCUUACCCGACGGAUCUUGACCCCUAUUUCCUCCUCCAGCUGCAGGGAGGGGCCAGCUCAGGUGGUUUCAGGUCCCUCUGAUAAACUCCUUAGAUCUAUUCAGACUAAGCUGCACUAGUUGCCUCUCCUGUGCCAUGGGGGAAAAUGCUCUGAGGGGUGGUGGCCAAUGCUGGAAGCCAGACACAUCCCUGUACACCUCUGCUCAUAGAAUGGCUGAUCCCUGAGUCAGUGCUUAGCUGAGGGGAAAGGUCUGGGGAGGACUUCAGUUGGUGUCCUUCUGGAGUUUGAUAUCAAGACAAAGAAGCGAGAAAAAAAAAAAAAACAUGAAAGGCCCA